AUGCAUGCAUUGUCGUCCCUGGCGACACUUGUCAGCCUCUGUUCGAGGCUGACUGCCGCGUUCACCAAUCCCAUCAGGACAGGGAGCGACCCUCAAAUGGUCUAUGUCGAUGGACUAUACUACCUGACAUCAACAACAUGGACAGACGUCCGCAUCACUUCCGCCCCGACCAUCGACGGGCUUAAGACGGCCGAGUCCAAGGUUAUCUACUCGGACACGACAAGCAACCCCAACAUCGCCUGCAACUUUUGGGCGCCCGAGAUGCACAUCGUCGGAGGCCGAUGGUAUGUCUACUUCAGCGCGAGCGUGUGCGACCCGGAUUGGGGCAUCGUCCUGCCCAGCCUCAGGGUGUAUGUCCUCGGUGGCGGUGCCGAGAAUCCUCUAUCGUCGAAUUAUGAACUGCUUGGGCCCAUCACGCCGCCCAAUUACAGCGAAGGGAUGCUUGAUGCUGUGAGUAAAGCUGCUCUCAGCCGGGACUCUUACAUCAUGCCAUAUGAGGCUAAUCAGGAUUGA